AUGGGCAUCUUCGGCCACCACAAUCUGGCCCCAGUCGUUGAGCCUAUCGCUAUAUUCGAUCAAUUCAUCGCGAAGGAGCCGCAAACAAUUGUCCUGAAGGAAAAAGUUCUAUCUGUCUCUGGAGAUAGCUUUGAAAUAAAACUGGCAGAUGGUCAGCCGUUUUUGAAAGUACACGGAGCCUGGGUAUCCCUAUCUGGCCGAAAGAAGGUCGAGGACGCACAUGGAAAACAUUUGUUUGAUAUCAUCAAGGAGCUCCUACAUAUCCAUACGACAUAUGCAAUCGAGGACACACAUGGGAGAAAGGCUUGUGAGGUAAAGAGCAAUCUUACAUUGCUCGGAUCUAAAGCCACCGCCAGUUUCACUGACAGUAAUGGCAAGGCCAGGGCUUUCAAGAUGAAAGGAGGCUGGUUUGAUCAUACCGCCGACAUCGUCGAUGAUAAGAGUGGCCAAACAGUGGCUCGUAUUGAUCGCAAACUGCUCAGUGGUCGUGAUCUUGUGUUUGGUCAGCAAACCUACGCUGUUGUGGUGGCACCUGGCGUGGAUGCAGCAUUGAUUGCUGCGUUGUGUAUCUGCUUUGAUGAGAAGAACAAUGAUGAACGUGGGGAAUAG